GUGAGGGUCAUUUUCGGAAUUAGAGCAUGGCGUAUGAAUGAUAUGUCCUCCGCCCCGCAUUAGCUGCUCCCCCAGCGUUCUCUCCCAAGAAGAGAAAAAAAAUGGCAAGAGCUACGUUUCCCCUACUCCUCCUCCUAUUACUAUCCGUACAAGGCCAGAGCCGUCUGAUCACGGACCACUCCUCUCCAGAUCUGAUAUCGGACGGCAUCCGUCAUGUCGGCCAACACUCUCUUCUACUCCUCGAGCGCCUGUCCUCCAAUUCCUCCGAGGCCUGUGAGCAGACGUAUGGAUUCCUCCCCUGCACGACCACCGUUUUGGGUAACCUCUUCCUGGUGCUGGUGUACGGUUGCCUCAUGUUCCUCGCCGCAAAGUUCCUCUCUACCGGCAGCGAGCUCCUCCUCGAGCUACUCGGCCCCGGCAUCAUUGGCGGACUCUUCCUUCCCAUCCUCGGCGCGCUUCCAGAUGCACUUCUCAUCCUCGUAUCCGGACUUUCUGGAAGUAAAGAGACUGCUCAACAUCAAGUCUUGAUUGGAAUGGGCUUGCUUGCUGGGUCAACUGUCAUGCUUUUGACAUUGUUAUGGGGUUCUUGCGUCAUUGUUGGCAAGUGUGAUCUUCUGGAUCAUUCAACUUCAAUAGAUUCUCAAGAUACCAAACGGUGCAGCCUAACUGGUUCUGGUGUUACUACUGAUUUGCAAACUAGUCAUGCCGCAAAGAUCAUGACUAUAUCUGUGAUACCAUUUAUCAUUGUGCAACUACCAUUAAUUUUCAAUUUACAAUCAGAAAGACGGCUGGGAGUCUUGGUUGGUCUCAUUGUUUCCAUUGCAUUCCUAAUUGCUUACUGCCUCUAUCAGGUCUUUCAGCCCUGGAUUCAGAAGAGAAGACUAGCAUAUGCAAAACAUAAGCAUGUAAUAGCAGGAAUUUUAAGGCACGUGCACUCGGAAACCGCUCUAGGAAGGCUCCUUAAAGAUAACGGUCAGCCUGACACAGACGUCAUAAAGAAAUUAUUUAAGAGAAUCGAUGAGGAUAACAACAAUUUUUUAUCAAUUCGCGAGUUAACAGCACUGAUCAUCGGAAUCAAAUUUGACGAAAUAGAUUUAGAUAGGGAUGAUGCUGUGAGAAAGGUAAUGUAUGAGUUUGAUACGUCGAGCGAUAAUAAACUCUCUGAAGAUGAGUUUGUGAGCGGAAUCUCAAAAUGGGUUGAUCACGCUAAGCGUUCUGUCCCUCAUGCAACUAUUGAUCAAAAUAGAUUAAUUCACGACUUUCAUCGGAUAACUAAGGAAGAACAUGAUAUGCUGAUUGAUAGGAGCGAUGAAGUUGUAGAGGGCAUCGACAAUCCCUAUUGGAUUUAUGCUAAAGCAAUAUCACUAUUGCUUCUAGGAGCGGUUAUCGCAGCUGCGUUUGCAGAUCCUCUUGUAGAUGCUGUCACCAAUUUCUCUAACGCUACAAGCAUACCCACUUUCUUCAUCUCAUUUAUUGCGAUGCCAUUGGCUACCAACUCUAGUGAGGCCGUCUCCGCAAUUAUUUUUGCCUGCAGGAAGAAGCAAAGAACUACUUCUUUAACGUUCUCUGAGAUCUAUGGCGGAGUAACCAUGAACAAUAUCCUUUGUCUGGCCGUUUUCUUGGGUCUCGUUUAUGCGCGGCACUUGACGUGGGACUUCUCGGCCGAAGUGCUCGUCAUCCUAAUUGUUACUGUCGUAAUGGGUCUCUUCACCAGCUUCCGAACCACGUUCCCACUCUGGACAUGUGCGGUGGCAUUCAUUUUCUACCCAUUUUCACUUGUGCUGGUUUACCUUCUCGACUAUGUUUUUGGGUGGUCAUAGACUCCUUUCAAAACGAAGACAGAAAAUCCAUUUGGUUUUGCAGUCUGUAUGAUGCGUUGGGGUUUGCUGUCCCAAUGUUUUCUGUAUUUUCCGGAACAUGAGAUUUGUUGUGGCUCGUCGUAUUUUCUGGAACAUGAGUUAUGUAAAUUUUCUUCUAUAUAAUCAGCAUUUUCCUGAGA